GAUUCUUUAAAACCGGAACUCGACGAAACAUUCUCAGCAGCAGCAGCGACGAUCGACCGGCGUCCAGUGUGCCUGUGCUCCGUCUGCAAUUCGAAGCUCCAACCUCCGAGCCGCUCACGAGCUCAGCUCCCGCGGCCAGCCGAUCGAUUGAGCGUUGCUGCAAGAGCGUGACAUCGUCGGGCUUCGAAAGGGCUCGUGCAUUGCUGCCAGUGCAUUGUCUCAAUUCUUCUCGUGUCGCCCUCACAAGGCGCUGUUGCCGAGCGUAGGCUGCAGCAGGUCCGAGUCGGAGUGGAGCCGGCGACGCCGCGCUCGGAGGAGGAGAGCAAGUUCACGCGCCGAGUCCGCGAGUUCUUGAUCCUGUAAUGGCCUCGUCCAUCUCGCAGACUCUCGGAGCACAGCAAUCUCGCUUGCUCCAUGGGCUCCCGGCUCUGGAGCAUUUCACGAGCGAGCGCAGAAGUGCGAACUUGAGCGCCGGGCGCCCCUUCCAGCUGCGAGUCAAUUCUGAGCUCCGGAGAAGCAUCAAAAGCGAUGGCGGAGUGGAGCAGCGGCCCUCGGGCUGGAACCGGCGCAGCGCCCGCCCGAAGCGCGGGGAGAGCUGUCGCACCAUCAGCGUCGACCGCGAGGAGUUCGCUCUGCAUGGGGUCCAGCCCAUGACCUUGGCGGACGUCGGAGUGGCCUUCGCGCAAGAAAAGGUGGCCAGGUUGAUGGAGGAGAUUGCAACUUACCAGGUGACAGUUCCCCGCAAGGUGCAGCGGAUGAAGGAGGUAUUGCGGAAGGAACUGACAGACGAAGAGGUUCCCUUCCACAUGAAAGUGCACCAAUUCCAAGCCGUGUUCUGGAGAUUUUUGAGACCCCACACCAUCCGCGGAAUGCUCAUCGGGGCCUCUGCGGUGGUGGUUCGAGCGCUGCUGGAGAAUACGGAGCUGGUCAACUUGGCUCUGUUGCCAAAGGCCUUCCGCGGUAUCCUGGCUCUGGUGUGCGGAAAUGCUUACAUUGUAGGAAUCAACCAGAUAUACGACGUGCAAUCCGACAGGAUCAACAAACCUUUCUUGCCCAUCGCUGCCAAUGAACUCUCCAUUCCUGCGGCAUGGGGAUUGGUUUCCGCCUUCGCUGCCAUGGGCGUUGGUCUCGUCGCCACCAAUUUUGGGCCCGCCAUCACGGCACUCUACGUUCUGGGAUUGUUCCUCGGAGGCAUAUACUCAUUCCCUCCUCUCCAUCUCAAGAAGUUCCCAGUUCCGGCAUUCCUCAUCAUUGCAACCGUGAGGGGAUUCCUUCUCAAUUUUGGAGUGUACCAUGCCACCGUGGCUGCCCUUAGCCUGCCUUUCAAGUUCAGUCCGGCCAUCAUUUUCAUCACUGGAUUUGUCACCGUGUUCGCCAUAGUCAUAGCGAUUACUAAAGAUCUCGCUGACGUAGAGGGUGAUCGAAGGUUUGGACAGCGAACGUUUGCUUCGAGGCUCGGAGUACGAAAUACUGCGUUCCUUGGAAGCGGCCUACUUCUAGCGAAUUAUAUCGGAGCUAUUGCUGCUACGAUCUACGUGCCCGGUGCUUUCAACCAGAAUCUUAUGGUCCUGGCUCAUGCGUGUCUGGGCUUGGCCUUGAUUUAUCAGACUUGGUUGUUGGAGUCGGCUGAGUACUCCAGAGAGGGUGUAGCUGCCUUCUAUCGGGCCAUAUGGAAUCUCUUCUACACGGAAUACGCUUUGCUACCCUUCAUCUGAUGGGUUCUUCUUUCCCAGAGCAAGCAAGCUUUUGAAAUUCGGUAGGGAUUAGAGAGAAUAGAGUCAAGCGGUGCGUCAGCUGUAGUGUUGUGCGCGUUUCGGUGUUGACAUGUGGGUUGUGUCAAUCGACGAUGGUGUGACCCCGAACAUUUUUGAAUGAGCGAGACUUCAUGCUGCACAGCGUGUGCAGACUCGAGGCGAACCCCCUUAAGUGGAAAGCAUGAUUAAGAAAGAGGAGCAGGGCAGCGACAUAUCUUUGACGGGAGGAGGUCUAACGGGUGCCGUUAGCAACACAAACUGCGACCAUGCUGAGGUUUUGAAUAUCGACGAUGACAAACCGAGCUUCCGAUUAGAGCGUUAGAGCAUUUAAGAAUAGCUUAAGUAGAAGAAGGCAAGAAGCAUGUGUCACUGUCUCUGUCUCUGUGUCCGUCUAUUUCCGCACCUCGGGACGUCAUGAUGCUCCAACAUGAACAACUCUGUAGAAACUGUGUUCAUCUGACAGCUACUACAACUACGGUUUAUAGUUGUAGGUUUUGCAGGCUAGAGGUGAUUUUGUUGAUCUAAUGUGUAAAAUAUUACUUACUUGAUUGUCCACUUCGAUCGUGAGGACCAUCUCCCAUUGAGGAACAGUUGGAACCUGCGUGGACAUAUAUGUAUCGAUGACAUUCAAACUCUGUAUAAAGAUGAGAUUCACUCAAUUGUCC